AUGUCUGUUUUAGUUACUGGCGCCACUGGAUUCAUUGCUCAACAUGUUGUUGACAAAUUGCUCUCCCACAACUUUACUGUGAUCGGAACUGCCCGUUCUGAGGCCAAGUAUGCGCCUCUGCUUAAGGAGUUCCAGAAGAAGUACCCUGAUGGAAAGUUGUCCUUCGAAAUUGUCCCAGACAUCAGCACUGACGACGCUUUCGACGAGGUUUUGAAGGCACACCCGGAAAUCACCAAGGUUCUUCACACCGCCUCGCCUUUCUCGUUUGGUCUGAACAAAUCGUUCGAGGAAGCUUAUCUCCAUCCAGCCGUCAACGGUACUCUCAACAUCCUCAAGGCCACCAAGAAGUAUGCUCCUCAGGUGACCCACUUUGUUGUCACCUCGUCGUUUGCCGCAGUCAGACUCCCUGCAGAGGUUGUCUUCACCGAAGUUCACACGGCUGACACCUGGAACCCAAUCGAGUGGAAGGACGUCACCAACGAGAACCUUGCCUACGUGGCCUCGAAGAAGCUGGCCGAGAAAGCUGCCAGAGACUUUGUCAAGAACGAAAAACCAAACUUCAGUUUGUCUACUGUCAAUCCACCAUUUGUUCUUGGUCCUCAGCUGUUUGACUACACUGUCUCUGAAACUCUCAACACUUCCAACCAGUACUUGCUGGACAUCCCAAGACUCAAGUCCAAGGACUCUCCAGUUGCACAGUUGAACAUGCUUGCGGUCGACGUCAGAGACGUUGCCGAGUUCCACGUGAUUCCUCUCCUGAAGGAAGCCAACAGAAAUCAAAGAAACCUUGUUGUUGGCGACCUGUUCCAAGCUCCUGUGGUCAACAAGAUCGUGAAAAAGCAUUUCCCUCAAUACGCUGACAAGGUUCUUGAUCUUGGAGAGGCUCCUAAGGAGCACGUUCAGUACGACCUUUCUGCGGUGGUUGAUCCAAUUGGCGGAUACGACUUCAUUGACUUGGAGAAGUCUGUCGUCGAUACCCUGACCCAAUACUUCAAGCACUACCCAUUGUGA